UCCUCCCACCUACGCCGUGCCCACCUGGCAUGGUGCAACACCAGGGGGGUUUGGCAUGUACUUUGGAGCGAAACCAACGCCUCGUCAGCCAACAUUGCACUGCUGCUCUGGAUUGUAAGCCUGGGCAGAGGGUGUGGCUAUCUUCCCAGGCUCUGCCUUUCCACAUGGACUCCGAAAAGCUACAGCGCAGGUAUACUGGCCCCUAACCUAUUGAACGCAUCAUUAAUUCCUCCUCUGUUUUGCUUCCCCUUCUGGAUUCCCUCAGGACACACCCGACGUUCCACAUCUCCCUCCUCAAACCCGUCACCUCCAGUGAUCUAAGCCCUUCCGAGGUGCCUCCUCUCAGAUCGAUGGCCACCCAGCAUUUUCAGCCAAAGCCAUUUUAGACAUGAGAAGAAGGGGCAGGGGUUUCCAGUACCUGGUGGACUGGGAGGGAUGCGGCCCGUUUCCCAUAGAAGUCAUUUAAGCCGCCAGGUGGCGCCCAUUUGUAGCGGGGGAGGUACUGUCACAUACACGCUUUCUUGUUCUGUUUUGCUGUCUUCUCUUUGUGUUUUGUCGUCUUAGAUCCCCUACUCCCAGCUGGAGGCGUAGCUGCUGGAUGCACAUGGCACCUAUCAUUGCCCGUCUACUUAUGCUGAGUGCUGUCAGCUGUGAAACGCCAGAUUAUUCCACCAAGUCUCCCACAAACUCAAGUGCAGCGUCUCCUCAGGUAUCAACAUGGUGAAGAGGAAGCUGGCCGCCCACGACAACCUCAAAAUCACCAUCUCGCAGAACGGAGACAAGUUCCACGUCAAGGAGAGCAGCAAUUUCCGCACCCUGGAAAUAGACUUCACCCUGGGUGUCACCUUUGAGUACAGCCUGGCCGACGGGACGGAACUAUCUGGCGCAUGGGCCAUGGAGGGGGACAUGCUGAAGGGCAUUUUCAACAGGAAAGACAACGGCAAGCAACUGACAACCACCAGAAUUGUGCAAGGAGAUGAGCUCAUACAGAACUACAACUAUGAAGGCGUGGACGCUAAAAGAAUUUUCAAGAGGGCUUAGAACAAACUUGAAGAACAACCUUGGGAGGUGUUUCUAGUCCGGGUUAGCGGCAGUACUGUAUUGUGUUGAGUAGUCAUGGCGUCUACUUGCAUAACCUGGACAAAGUGCACUGUGUGUACUGCAUAAAUCUAAAAAUGCACUGGAUUUGACACUGCAGUAAUAAAAAAAAAAACACACACACACACAAAUUCUUCUUUCACUUUCAAGCAAGACACGGGUA